GAAUCGACACAAUAAAACAAAUUUCAAAUCAAGUUGCCCCUCUAUACCACAUAAGCCCUUUAGAAUCUUAAGUAGAUGCAAAAGGAAUAAAGCAAAUGGGGAGAAAAAAGGCCGAUAAACUUUCUGGCUGCAAUACAAGAGACAUAUCAUUACCAUAUGAUCUAAUGUGGGUGUCAGCCGGAUUGUGUUCAUUGAGGGAAACCUUAUUUUUUAACUGUGCUAUGGAGUAGAAGCAGGAGGUUUUCAACCUAGUGACAGUCACAGAGCAGCACCUACCCCCUCCUCCUUUCCACACCUGCAAACUCUUUUUGCUUGGGCUGAAUAUUUAGUGUAAUUACAUCUCAGCUUUGAGGGCUCCUGUGGCAAAUCCCCGGAUUAAAAGGUUCCUUGGCUGUGAAAAUACAUGAGAUAAAUCAUGAAGGCAACCGUCAUCUUCCUCCUGCUUGCACAAGUUUCCUGGGCUGGGCCAUUCCAACAGAGAGGCUUAUUUGACUUUAUGCUAGAAGAUGAGGCUUCUGGGAUAGGCCCGGAAGAGCAUGCUCCUGUGGAUUCUGACCUAGAGCCUCUGGGACCUGUGUGUCCCUUCCGCUGUCAGUGUCACCUGCGAGUUGUCCAGUGUUCUGAUCUGGGUCUGGAACAAGUGCCGAAAGAUCUUCCCCCUGACACUACACUGCUGGACUUGCAAAACAACAAAAUAACCGAAAUCAAAGAUGGGGACUUCAAGAACCUGAAGAACCUUCAUACGUUGAUUCUUGUCAACAACAAAAUUAGCAAAAUCAGCCCUGCAGCAUUCACACCUCUGUUGAAAUUGGAACGACUUUAUCUGUCCAAGAAUCAUCUGAAGGAACUGCCAGAAAAAAUGCCCAAAACUCUUCAGGAGCUGCGUGCCCAUGAGAAUGAGAUCACCAAAGUGCGAAAAUCUGUGUUCAACGGACUGAACCAGAUGAUCGUCAUAGAACUGGGCACCAACCCACUGAAGAGCUCAGGAAUUGAAAAUGGAGCCUUCCAGGGAAUGAAGAAGCUCUCCUAUAUCCGCAUUGCUGACACCAAUAUAACCACCAUCCCUCAAGGUCUUCCUCCUUCCCUUACUGAAUUACAUCUUGAAAGCAACAAAAUCACCAAAGUUGAUGCAUCUAGCCUGAAAGGACUGAAUAAUUUGGCUAAGUUGGGACUGAGUUUUAACAGCAUCUCUGCUAUUGACAACGGCACGCUAGCCAACACUCCUCAUCUGAGGGAGCUUCACUUGGACAACAAUAAGCUUAUCAAAGUACCUGGUGGGCUGGCGGAGCAUAAGUACAUCCAGGUUGUCUACCUUCAUAACAACAAUAUCUCUGCAGUUGGGUCUAACGACUUCUGCCCACCUGGAUACAACACCAAAAAGGCCUCUUAUUCAGGUGUGAGCCUUUUCAGCAACCCAGUCCAGUACUGGGAGAUCCAGCCAUCCACCUUCCGAUGUGUCUAUGUGCGCUCUGCCAUCCAGCUUGGAAAUUAUAAAUAAUUCCCAAGAAAGCCCUUGUUUUUAUAACCUGGCAAAAUCCCAUUAAUAUCAUUGCUCAAGAAAAAAAAAAAUGAAAGCUGGAUACUGGAGACUUAACUGCAAUGUGGAUCUUUUUCCCACAUGAUUUAUAAUACAUAAAGCCAAAUAUGCAGUUUAAAUAAUUGCCUACAAUAAAAAAAUAUUUUGCCUGCCA